AUGAUCUUCAGUUUAAAGAUGGUGGGGAUGGCGCCCACACGUCCCCCCCCGCCGGGCCCCAGCGCCCUCCCCGGCUGGCCCCGGUUCUGGGAGGGCCAAGAUGUCCUGGCGCGCUGGACCGACGGCCUCCUCUACCUGGGCACCAUCAAGAAGGUGGACCCCCUACGGCAGGUGUGCCUGGUGCAGUUCGAGGAUGACUCCCAGUUCCUGGUCCUCUGGAAGGACAUCAACCCAGCCGCCGUGCCCGGGGAGGAGCACACUUGCUGCGUCUGCCACCUGGAGGACCUGAGCCCCGAGGAGAACCGGCUGGUGAGGUGCGAGAAGUGCAGCCACGGUGAGUGCCACACUCCCCACGGCCACCCACCACCACCACCACCACCACCAGUCCUCGGGGACGGCCCCUGGAUGUGCAGGCAGUGUGUCUUCGCUGUGGCCACCAAGAGGGGAGGCGCCCUCAAGAAGGGCCCCUACGCCAAAGCCAUGCUGGGCAUGAAGCUGGUGCUGCCCUACCAGCUCAGGGCCCUGGAGUGGGACGCCGAGCACCUCACCAACCGGCAGCAGUGCUACUGCUACUGCGGAGGCCCCGGCGAGUGGAACCUGAAGAUGUUGCAGUGCUGCCGGUGUGCCCAGUGGUUCCACGAAGCCUGCACCCAGUGUCUGAGCAAGCCCCUCCUCUAUGGGGACAGGGUGGACGUGGCCCACCUCAUCCUCUACCACCUGAGCAUUUGCUGCAAGAAGAAGUACUUUGACUUUGAGCGGGAGAUCCUCCCCUUCGCCAGCGAAAACUGGGACAGCCUCCUCCUGGGCCAGCUCUCCGACACGCCCAAGGGGGAGCGGUACAGUCAGCUCCUGAACGCCCUGACGACGCACAAGGACAGGUUCAUCUCCGGGAAGGAGAUCAAGAAGCGCAAAGGCCUCUUUGGGCUGCACCUGAGAGUCCCGCCUCCUGCGCCCCACAUCCCAGGCGGGGACGGCGACUCCCCCCUCAUCUCGGACAGCAGCUUCCUUUCAGGGCAGGGCAGGUGUGGGAAGGGGCCGGACCGCAGGAGGGCCAGACAGCGCCGCCGCCUGCAGCCGGGGGAGCCACCCCUCAGCGUGGCCCUGCGCAGCACCAUGGAGAGGGAGCGGCUGGAGAGUCCCCUCGCCCAGGUGGUGGUGCCGAACCCGGUCAGCCCUAACCAGAGCUACAGUGGCUACAGCGGCACCCCCGGCACCUACAACUUCCGCCGCACCGAUGCCCGCUGCCAGGACAGCGCACCGAUCCGGAUGUUCGCCUCCUUCCAUCCCUCGGCCAACACCGCAGGGACCCUGAGCACGAGCAGCAGACCCUCCCUCGACCCCUGCGACGCCUCCACCUCCACGGACCACGACAGCCCCGAACCCCCCACCCCCUUCUUGCCCCUCUCGGCCCCCACGUUCAGCAGCUGA